CAUGGCGAAUGUGCUUGUAUACAAUUACUAGCUCCAUGUUCCAUGCUCUGCAUAUAUAUAAAAAAUAAUCAAACAAGAUCAGGCGGUCGGCAUCGACGUCUCCGCUUGAUCGCCCCUACGACGUACGAGCUCAUGGAGAAAAAUGAUACCUGCUUGGCGACUUAUUUUUUGUGCUGCAAGAAUGAUCCAAUGAAGCAAUGUAUGUUCUUCUGCCCCAAAGGAGUCACGGAUAAGUUCAUCGACUACAUUACAUGGCAGCUGUGGCGAGUGUAUGAGCAGCUGCUUGUUAACGCCCUCCUGGCAGGAGUCAUAGUCGGAAUAGGAGCCUAUGGCCAUCGUUAUCGUCACUAUGGCUUCACCCGCUAUCUCUUGCUGGGGGCAACCACCUUGUUCCUGCCCAUCAUAUCUUAUGUGCUCUCUGCUGCUGGCUCCACCGAUAAUUUGUUUAAUGUCACUAUUAACAAUGAACUUGGUGAUUUGACAGCCAAAUGCCGCACACGCUUCUUUCACAGAUACGUGGUCAUAGUAUCCACCUGCCUUGUUCUGAUUUCUGCUAUCAAUACAAGCCCGAUUGUUGCUACUGAUGAUAGAGAAGAUCGAAGCAUACUGCCUCCUUUUGAACUUCUUCUUCAAGGAAUUUGGAUAGUUUACCUGGCUGUCAGCACUCGUAUUUCUGAGAGCAGUAGAGAUAAACAUCUUUAUUAUAUCAGAUUAUCCAUACCUUUUGCUCUUAUUCAUGCCAAAAUGGCAUUAAAAUAUUAUGCAUUCCUGAAGGCCAGGAAAUCCUAUGCACUUGGACGCAAUCCUCGUCUUAUUGUUGGAUAUAUGCAGCAGCUUCAAGAAGGAAGUGAUCAAAAUGGCAAGCCACUGGCCGCAAGUGAUGAUGAUAUGAAUGUGCCUCCUCCGCUUGUAGUUAUGGGCGAGGACAAACUACAUGUAGAGAAGCAACCUCAUGGUUACAUGUUCAUAAAGAACUUGGAGGCAAUUCAAGGUGGCGGCCUGGUCACCAUUGACAAAGUUUGGCAAUUACAAAACAUGUCUCUGACACCAAUGCCACAGCGACUGAAAGAUAUAUGCUUGUCAUUUGCAUUGUUUAAGUUACUAAGGUGUCGAUUUGCAAGGUAUAAAGUCACCGAUGGUAUCUCUGCUGAGACCUCCAAAUUUAUCAGAAGCGAACUGAUGAAGGAUGGUCAACAUGGAAGGGCGCUCAGGACGAUUGCAGAUGAGCUUUCUUUUCUUCAUGAUUAUUACGAUUCACCACUCCCAGUCUCCUGCUCGGAUAAGUGGUUGAUUAUGAUUAGUAUGGUUAUCUCAUUCUUGGGCAUAGGUUACUACAUAUUUACUGGGAGUAUCAUAUACUCACAUCCUUAA